GUUUAUGUUCAUCCAUAACUGAAAACGUCACGUACGUCAUCAUGGUCGAAAGACCCACACUGACAGCUGGUUUGUUUACAGUUUAGUCGCAAAUAUCGUGGUGCUGUGUUGCCGUGGUUGGCGAGCUGACCGAACGUUGAAAAUGAAACCGUACGAAAGUUUUGUGUUUCCCGACAUACCUGCGGACAUCAGAGAGAAGCUGUUUCAGAGAGAUAAACCGAUGGUCGUAGUUGGAGUGUUGGGCAAAUCGAAUGAAGCUCACGCCAACAAAUUGCUCGACUUCAAUAUCCUUCACUCACAUCCAUCACUUACCGAUGAUGCAGUAGUCGAUGGCCGCGUAAAGUUUUACUUUCGUCCAGAAGGGCAAACGCUAUUUCUUCACUUCGACGCUCCAUUCGAUAACUUUGUGCUGUUGCAUUUAGCUGAACGGAUGAUGCUGGAAAAGCGCGACGAAUCACCGCUCCAUUUCAUCGAAUUCAACAGCGCCAUUCGGACCCGUUUCGCUAGGGUUCUCCUGUUUGCCCUGCAGGUAUGCCACAUCCUCGUGCUGGCGGAAUCGUCCGCAUCGUUCGAUAUGUCCUACCUGUCCAUCUUCAAAUCGUUGAAAAUAAUCCGCGAGAAGUAUGUGCUAAAGUUUUUGCCGAAAAUGUUAAAAGGCGCCAAUGUGGGCUCGUUCAUGGGGAAGGACUGUCGGCUGUGCAGUCCGAGGCUGCUGUUCUUGUUCAACCUGCCGGACAAUGGGGAGCCACACUUGGUCGACGAGAUUGAUGUGCUCGAAACCAAGGUGGAGGAUUACAUCAACAAGCUGCUACGGAACGAAUUCAUCAUCACGAACAACAGUACGAUGUCGCUGUUUUCCUUGCCCAGAACGAAGCAGUUUGUUUUCUAUAACGACUCCAAAACACGCAACCAAGAUCCGCUAAUAGACUCAAUCGAACUGCUCUCGAUGUAUCUGGGCAAGCAGCAGCAAACGAGUACGGGGACGCUCCCCGAAACGGACGAGCAGGAAAUAUUGGAGCGGGCCAAACCGUACGAUUGCUUCGGCUUUCCGUUGAAGUACAAAUUCGACUUUAAGGACCCAACGGCGGACGAAGAGCGAAGCAUCUUUAGUCUUGUGCAGGAACACGUAGAGGAUGCACUGGAAACGGGCUUUGAAGACAACGAAAGUUCCGGUAGACAGAGAAUCAGAACACAUUUUGCGCUUCCCACAACCGAGGCAUGGUAUGCGAUGUUCAAAUACAUGCACGAACUGUUCAUAGACAAUCCAAACGAUCCUUAUUACGAUGCCUACGAUGCGGAUUAUAGUGCCUAUUUGCAAAACUUUCAUGACAUUGUCGACAUCGAUGAGCGCUUUUUUGGGGAAAUUUGUGAGCAGGGGCUGGAUUUGGCUAUGCUCAAGUACAAGGACAUGCUGCCACCGCACUACAGUGCCUCUUUCCACGAGACAAAGUAUCAGGAAGCGCUAACCAUUCUGCUAGAGUACGCUCGUGGCCCUGAACUGAAGCCCAGCAUCGAGCGACUUAAAGAGUGCUGCGACACGAUAUGGCAGAGCGGAAAGCAGCAGUGCGAGUAUCCGAGCCUGCGUGGCAAUCCCUGUGUGCUGGGCAUGCACAAGACAAUCGAUCCGGCCGAACAUUCUAGCGGCGUAAUUUACGCAUCCUCGUGCAACUGUGGCCGGACGCAGGGACAUCGCGAGGAUCCGUACACGAUACGGCAGGCAAACUAUGAGUUUUACCAGAUCAUAGCCAAGAGCUGCAGCAACUGCAACCGCUUGGAGCGUAUACAGUUUCCCGUGUUUGAACCAUCCAUUAGCGAUUUCAGGGCGGCGGAAUUUAUCAACAAAAACUUCUCCAACCUGAUGUCGUUCGACAGCACCGGUCGGACGGCGUCGGACGUGGGACCCAUCAUUCGUCCCAUUCCCGGCCAUUCGCCAUUCGUUUCCGGCAGCCAGCGAAGUCAGAACAGUUCGGCCAGCUUAAGCUUUAACAUUGCCUCCGAGGGAGAGGAAGACGAGGAGGAAGGAAACGUUGUUAAAAGGGAAGGCGAGCGUCGCAGCCGUCGCGAGCAGAAGCCAACCGAGGGAAGACACGAAGCAACUGAACCCCCAGAAGAAACGCACAUCCCCAAGGAGGAGGACGAACAGGACGCUAGCAACGAGGAGAUGAACGAAAUAGUGAUAAAGCUAGGCAAAUUGAAGUCGGGCGAGAUGGAACAACCGGCUGGACCGGCCAGACUGCCCUCUACCACCGAGUACCUACCAGGAAUGUUGCACUCUGCUAGCCCAGCCGGAUUACUGCCUCGAUUCCCCUCGUGGUCGUUAGUGUGCUUAGGGCCCAGCUCGAUCUACACACACAACACCGGGCUGCCGGAACACGUGCAGAGCGGGUUUCUUUCGGGCUCCAACUUUCUUCUCCCGUGGGAUGUAAGCGUGCACCUGGAGCACGCGCAAUGUUGGGCCGCAUCGUACGAGAAAAUACGGAACCGCAAGAAGGGGAACCAACACUCGGCGAAAAGUUUUGAGCACAACAAAAAGUUUACGCUCAAAAUAUUCAUCGGCGUGGAGUACGAGUGUUUGCGAGGCCAUCGGUUCAUUAUGAAUGCGCCGGACAGCAUUCUCCGCUGCGGGUCGGAAAUUGUGCGAGACAGUGGCAGAAGGGUGGUGUUUAACGAUAUGCCCAUUUACUUCCCCUGUCCCUGCCGCAAUACGAUCAACAACACGGCGCAGCUAAUGCGAGUGCACAUCAUUACGCCCAAAGCGCCGGUGAAUGUGAUCAUCGAUCCGAAGGUGAAACUGUUUCAGAACAACAUGCAAAACAGCCUCACAUUUACGACGGGCAUGACGGAACCGAUCAAGCUGACCCAAAGCUCCUACUGGAUUCUGCGGUUGCCGUUCGUGUACGAGGGCGACAGUGGACCGUUGAUGGCACCGACCGAGGUGAAUCCGGCCAGCGCGAUCAUGCACGGUGUACUGCUGGCCGGCAUGUAUGGGAUCAGAGAGAACGACCUGAACGAGGAAUCGGUGGGGAUGGGUAUCUCCAACCCUUCGGGAUAAUGCGCUCGACCGUUCGCAAAUUGACACACGAUGGACAGAAUUUGUUAAACCUAUUGUUGAACCUUUACUUUAAAUGUCUGACGGGGGUUUUAAAGAAAAUAUCGUUGAUUUUUAGUUCUCCUUUAAGGAGUAAAGUAAAUAAAAAUUUUUUAUGAAUUCUAAAGCGACCCGUACGAUGACACACAUCGAAAA